UAACAGCUAUGAUAUGGUAGCGAAUAUUCCCUCCAUUUGGUAUUCUAGGGUUUGUGCCAGAGCAAUGGCGGCGACGCGGCUGUCGAUCAGGAGCGGCAUUCACAGGCUCGCGCAGCUGCGAUUCAGUCUGGGGCCGCGAUUCUAUGCCACCAAGCAGGAAUUCGACGAUGCGUAUGAGAAGGAGGACGAUGAGGAGCUCCGGGCUGGAAAUGCGGACAAGUUUGGGAUGUCUAACAAGCAGCGUGAGCAGCUACUGGGAAGGGCUGCGAAUCAGCGUUCUCGGCAGCAAGAGCCUCUUCCUCCGAUGAAAUGGCAAUUCGAUAUGAGAGUGGUGGAUGUGAACCGGACGUUUAGAGUGACAAAGGCUGGUGGGAUCCAAAGCUUCACGGCCUUUGUGGUGUGUGGCAACUAUGAAGGGAUUGCCGGCUAUGGCAAGGGUAAAGCCUCGGAUGUUGGCUACGCUGUUGACAAGGCUUACAGGAGAUCGCUAAGAAACCUUCACUUCUUUGACAUCUACAUGAACCGGACCAUUUAUCACAGCCAAAGAAGCAAGUUUGGAGCGACACACGUGAAGUUGUGGCCUGCUGACAAGGGGGUCGGCCUAGUUGCAAGCGAUGUUGUUGGGGAUAUACUGUUCUUGGCAGGAUUCAAGGACAUGAAGUCCAAGGUGAUUGGGUCUCGUCACCCUCACAGCACAGUGAAAGCUCUCUUUAAAGCCUUGUGCGAGGUCGAAACUCCUGAGGUUCUACCAGCCAUUCGACCCCAAGGUCUUUUUUCAUGGUCAUUGUAACGAAGCCAUGUUUGACCAGAUGCUGGAUAGAACAGUUUUGUUUCACUCUGUACAUGGAUAGAAGAUGUUUUGUCUUCUGUAGAAGGUGUCCUUGAUGACGGGCUUAUUGGCAAAUUGUGGCUUAGCGUAGUUGAAUGUCUUUGCUGUUCUUCCGAUCUCAUCAUUGGCAGUUCGAUAGCCACCACUUUCCUGAUCACGCAAAGACUUCCACAAGCAAUAGGCCGCUCUGUGUUGGCAGUAGUAUGUCUCGUGAUGGCAUUUGGAACAGAAGGGAGUAAUUGACAAGCCUGGUUUUCCAAUAUCAUACAAGUACUUGGGUCCUUCGAACUGCCAUAUAGUAAACGAGCUGGUCACUCUCUCCAGAUGCAACAAAUCUUCUGCCGUACCCGUGUGGGUUUUCUCUCGGA